AUGAGGGACCAGAGAGAUGGUGUUAGAAGCAACAGUUUCUACACUUCACACUAUUCGUGGGAUCAUUAUCCCCAUAAAAGGGAUGCUGCAUUUUUCAGAGAGUCACCUGGAGGUCGAAAGGACUCUCCACACAGCAGAUCUGGCUCCAGUGUUGGCAGCAGAAGCUACUCUCCAGAACGGAGCAAACCUUAUUCAUUCCACCAGUCUCAGCACAGAAGAAGAGAGAGAUCUGCUCAGUCUUUGAAAACAUCAGGAGACACUUCAACUUGGAGCUCUUCAGCACUUCCUUCCUCAAAGAGGGUACCUGCUGUACCAUUAGUCACUGAGAAGCCUGAAGAACCUGAGUCAAACACAACGGAUUGGAUAGAAUUAUUUGAAGAUGCUCAGCUAGACAGUCGCUCUAAAGCAAUAGCAUCAAAAAUGAAGGAGAUUGAACGGAUUUACAGGCAAGACUGUGAAACUUUCGGGAUGGUGGUGAAAAUGCUGAUUGCAAAAGAACCCUCAUUAGAACAGACUAUACAGUUUGCUCUGAGGCAGAAUUUGCAAGACAUAGAUGUUCCUAAACCAUCAAAAGAGUUCUUGAAAGAAACAAAGGACAAUAAACAAUUCAACCCCUGGUACUGCAACUAUAAAGAAAGAAAGGUGAAAAAGAACAUAAUUCUCAUUGAUAUGGAAGAGUACCAAGAGUAUUCCCUUGUAAAGGAGCCCCUGCCCUACAACUUCUGCUCCACAGCAGAUGGACUUGGGCAAAAGAAGUGGCAGAGGAGAGAUGAGGAGACACUGAGAAGUAGUGGCAGCAUGUGGCCACAGAGUCUGAUGGGUAACCUUGCUUUUCCCUCUUCCAAUGGUGUGUCUGCAGGCUGUAAGAAAGCAGUGGUGGAUGUUGACACCCAGCAGGGCUUAAUAAGAAAAAUUGUAGGACAAAUGAUGGAGCUACAGCGAGAUAGUCACAGCUUUGGAGAAGAGUCGCCGGAGGUUGGGCUCCCAGCCUCAAAUGAAUGUGACACAGUCAUAAGCGAGGUAGAUCUGAUGGAGUUUCAUGAACCAGGCAUCUCCAACUACUCAGUUUUGCUGCUCAGUGAAGACCAGAACACACUGUACGUGGGGGCCCGGGAGGCCAUCUUUGCAGUGAAUGCACUCAACAUUUCUCAGAAGCAGAAUGAGGUAUACUGGAAGGUCUCACAAGGCAACCGAACAGAGUGCUUAAGAAAAGACCCAUCAAAAGAAGCAGAAUGCUUCAACUUUAUCCGGGUGCUGCAGCCCCUCAAUGCUAACUUGCUCUAUGUGUGUGGCACCAAUGCAUACCAGCCCAUUUGUGACCACCUGAACUUAGCAUUCUUUAAGUUUCUGGGAAUAAAUGAAAAUGGCAGAGGAAAGAGUCCUUACAGCCCUACAUAUAGCUCUACAUCUGUCAUGCUUGAUGGACAGAUUUAUGCGGGGACAUCAACUGAUUAUUUUGGAAAACUGCAGGUUAUCUCUCGAUAUUCUCACGUACAUCCUGUGCGGACAGAAUAUGACACCAAUUUGCUAUACGAACCUAACUUCGUCUUUGCUGAUGUGAUUCGAAAAAGCCCGGAUGGGCCCGAGACUGACAAUGACAAGGUCUACUUCUUCUUUACCGAAGUGUCUGUGGAGUAUGACUUCUUUCACAAGUUAACGAUCCCCCGAGUUGCAAGAGUGUGCAAGGGUGACGUGGGUGGCCAGAGAAACUUGCAGAAGAGAUGGACCUCCUUCCUGAAGGCCAAGCUGAUCUGUUCCCAGCCAGACCUAGGCCUGAUCUUCAACACAGUGCAAGAUGUUUUCGUGCUGCGAACCCCAGAUCUCAAGGAGCCAAUAUUCUAUGCCCUCUUCACCCUGCAGAUGGACAAGUUGGGGCUAGUGCAAUUGUCAGCCGUCUGUGCCUACACACAGUCCAAAAUAGAGGAAGUCUUCUCCCAAGGGAACUACAUGGGGCUUGAGGCCACAUGGAUACCCUACAAUGGCCCAAUACCCACCCCACGGCCAGGCGCGUGUACUAACAGUGAAGCACGUGGGAGCAACUACACCAGCUCUACGAAUUUACCAGAUGAGACAGUACAGUUUGUCAGAGAUCACCCUUUGAUGGACGACUCAAUAACUCCAAUAAAUGACAGGACUGAGUUUAUCAAAAAAGGUGUGACCUACACCCAGAUUGUGGUGGACAGGACCCAGGCUUUGGAUGGGAAAUUCUAUGAUGUCAUGUUUGUCAGCACAGAUCAGGGCACCCUGCACAAAAUUAUCAGACUUGAGAACGUUGUGUACAUGAUUGAGGAGACCCAGAUUUUCCGGAAAUCCGAACCUGUCCAAACCCUGGUGCUGUCUUCAAAGAAGAGCAGCAAGUUUAUCUAUGCUGGCUCCAAUGCAGGAGUGGUCCAGGUCCCCCUGGCCUUCUGCAGGAAGCACAGCAGCUGCAAGGACUGCGUGCUGACACGGGACCCCUACUGUGCCUGGAACCCAACUGAGGGCACCUGUGAGGUUCUGCAUGAAACCCAAGGCCCAAACAGGGGCUGGAUUCAGGAUUUGAAUGGCAAUGUGUCCUCGUGUCCAGGUGACAGGGUAUUACGUUCCCAGUGGCAUAUUUCCUUCACUGGUAGCACAGCAUAUCUCAGAUGCUCCCUAAAGUCCAACAUGGCCCGGGCGAUAUGGCAGUUCCAGAAUCAUGUGAUAGAAACUAAUGAGGAUAAGUACAUUCUUAUAGAGAAGAAAAACCUGCUCAUCACCAACCUCUCCAUGAAAGACAGAGGGAGGUACCAGUGCCUGUCUGAAGAAUGGGUCAACAAUAAGGCUGUUACUCAGGCAGUCAAAAGACACAUACUGGAGGUGAAGCUGUCUUCAAUACCUUGCUAG